UUAAAAUGUAGGUUAAACUCACUUGGUAGAACAUUUACAGAAGUUGCUCUUUAACCUUUACACGCUCUCAUUUGUGUGUAUAACAAGUACUGUGUAAAAAUGUUAGUCUUUCAAUUUCUGAGCGUCUUAUUGUUUUCAACAUAUGGAUUGUGCCAGACCUAUGAUGAACUUAAAACACAUUUACCAGAGAGGCCACAGUUCAAUGGCGCCAUGGGGAGAUAUCUUAAUUAUCCCGAACUAGUGUAUGAACCGAAAGUUGAGGCAGUUGAAGAAUUUAUAAGAAUUGUCAAAGGAAGACGUUCAACAUACGACGUUUUCCAAGAUCGAAUCACUACCAAGUUAAUGGAAUAUGAGAAUAUGUUCAAAGGACAUGAUGAAAGAAUGAUUGAUUGUGAAUCUAUCUCCGGAUACCGGCCUCUCUCCGAAUGGGAUAAAAAUUGCAGAUUUGAUCUGAUGGCACUAGGACCUGAUUGUGUCAAGCAGACAUUCUAUGGAUUCGACGAUGGUCAGCCCUGUAUUUUGUUGUCUUUAGAUCGCAUACUCAAUUGGUUACCAGAACCAUACACGAAUGAAACGGUUCCGGAUAAAAUACGCAAUAGCUGGGCAGAGUUCGCGAUCACGGUACAUUGCGAAGGGGAGGACCCAGUUACAAAAGACAAUCUUGGUGAUAUACUUUACUAUCCACCGCAGGGAUUUCCGUUUAGGUAUUUUCCAAAUACUGGAAAAGAAGGAUGGAAGAACCCAUUAGUAUUUGUGCAAUUAGCAGAUUUUUCACCUGCUAUUGCCUUAAGAGUCACGUGCUCAGCUUAUGCUAAGAAUAUCAAACACGAUGACAUGUUUCAAACUGGAAAGGUAUCGUUCAUUAUCAUGGUCGAUUAAAGAGGUUUAACCUUCUUCUAUAUCUAACGCAAGCAUUUCAGUCAGUUACCGGUAUAUGAAUAUCCGAUAUGUCAUCAUUUCUUCGCUUCGGCGCAUUUUUCUGUCUUGUCGUUACGUUAUCGUCACGUCGCUGCAGGUCAUCGUUUAAUCAUAUCCUUGCACUGUCGUGUUGUCACUUCGGCGUUGUGCCUCGUCGUCGCUUAUGCGAAUUGUAACUUAACUUCUUCGCAUCUUCUGGUCAUGCUCUUAUUUUGUGGUUAUGUCGCUCCGGAAUAUCUCUUCGUCACCUUGGCGUUGCGUAUUAUCGUCUAGUCGUAUCUUCUUAUUGAAACGUGUACUGUUCUAGAUGUCAAGAACAUGUAUAUUGAUCUUAGUAUGUAUACGUAGGCACAUGAGGUGAGUGCACAAAAAGGCAAUGAUACAAUGAGACUAUAUCGAAGCGAGGAGACGAUAACAUUGAGCGUCCGUUCUUUAGCUCAUCGUUGAUCUGCGUUAAUAGCAGAGGUUGGUGAUGCUAAAAAAUGAUGAUCAAAACACCGUACAUUUAGUACAUUGAAGUGAAUUUCAGUUGUUGUUUCUUUUACAUGUUCUUAUGCAGAAUCUAUGGCUUUUUAACAGUAUUGACAAUUCAGGGUAAAUCGGUGUAUUAAAUGAUACAUUACGAUAUGGCUUUAUGAAAAUUAAUGGCACUUGUCAUCUUAUAUUAUAUGUUUUAGAAUUUGUUGUACAUGAAUAAAAAGUAACUGGCA